GUGAUUGGACGAGCGACGACUUAUAAGAGGCUCCUGUUAACCAUAAAGUCGGAGUACGACAAUGUGGUCCGGGCUCUGCAGAAAAGGGAGGAUGAGUUCAGGGCGGCUAAACAGAGGAUGGCAGCCUCAAUGUCAGAUCCAAUAUCACUGAUGACAUGCCAGAGACGAGCCGCCCACCUGAGGGAGAGAAUCUAUGUCAUUCAGAGGGAAACAGCAGAACUUCAAGAUGAGAUGGAGAGACACAAAUCCUCUGAAGAGCAGAGCACAUGGAUACCUGGUUUGACGUUGGCUGACUCCGAGGAUCCUGAGGCUCUGGAUGGUCACCUGGAGCAUCUGGAAGCCCAGAGAGCUUCUCUCCUGGAGAGGAAGAGUGACGGUGUCUCUCUGGAGGUCAAAGCCCAGCUGGACGCUGAGCUGCAGGCUGCAGAGCUCCACAGAGACCAGCUGAGCAGCGAAAACUACCUACUGAAGACCAGGUACAAGAGUCUGAGGUUGGUGUCCGACCGUCUGUCCAGCUGGGAGUUUGAGAAGCAGCAGGUUUCUCUGGAGGAACUUCUGGAUUCCACUCUGGAAGAUGCCAGACAGACCAGCGUGACGGACGAUGACGGCUGCGGCAUGAACGCUGAACUGUUUGAGCACGAAGAGCCGACCGGUGUUGACGAGUCCCUUCUCCUGGCAGAUCGCCUGGACAGGUUUCUUGAGCUCUUUGAUUCGGCUCGGUAUGAGGAAGCGGCUCUCCUUGCUGCCAGAUCUCCCCGAGGAGUCCUGAGGAACCUGGACACCAUGGAGAUGUUUAAAGGUGGGAACCACACACAGAUAUGUACA